AUGGAUGCGGUGGACGACUACGAAGCAAGAGACAAAGGAUGGAGGAUGGACUUGAUGGCAAGAGCAUGGGAGACACAAGGCAAAUCUACAGUGUUGAAGGCGAAAAAAGUGGAGGACUAUGGCAAGAAGACUGGACAAGGAGAAGAACUCGGAGAAUCUUGCUGGCACGCAGGCAAGAUAUGGUCAACAUCUCUAGGAUCUCGGAGGGAUAACGCAGUCAAGACCAGCAUGCGAUCCGGCAAAACCUCGGACAUGGUGUUUUUGAACGAAUUGAAACCAUCCGAUGUUUUUGACUGCUACCACUACACUUCGGCAAAAUCCUCUCUGGUCGAGGCUUACACGGACUAUGGAUGUUUGGAGACACAGGGCAAGCAAUGGGCGUGCAUCUCCGGUCUACCAGCCAUGGGGGCCAUGGCUAUUGAGAGGGGGGGGUAG